AUGCCGCCCUGGACGGGCUCGAAGCUCUUGGUCGGGCUUCCCAAGGGAACGCCGUGCAUCAAAUAUACCAAUAUGAGAGAAUUGGAAGCUGCAAUCCAGAGCCGGGCAUCAGAAUGCUACGAAGAAAUCUUCAAAGGCACCUUCCUUGUAGUGACGGCAAUACCCUCUACUUUUAUCACAGAAGUGGACGGGUUCUACGGUGACAGAGGCCCGCGGUUCGCCAUCAAUAUUGACGAAAGCCUAGCAGUCGCCGAAACCAUGCUUUUUAAGCCACACGAAAUCCUGACCCAGAACCUUGUCAUUCACAUAGGGAGUGCCAUAGAUCAAAUGGGGCUACGGAAAGUCUACAUCCCCAGUGGUGCGGCAAGCAUGAACAGCCCAAGCCGGGCAAAUACAAGGUCGACCAAGCAACCAGACGGGAGUUUCUUCAUCGAAGGAGAAGAAUGGCCUACUCUAGUAAUCGAGAUUGGGUUAUCUGAAAGUAUACAGAAGCUGGUCAUGGAUGCUCAUUGGUGGCUGGAGGCUGAAGGGUCUUGCACCCUAAUUGUGAUUACAGCAAAAAUUGAUAGGCACAAGCCAUUGAUAACAUUCCAGCGCUGGGAGCAUGAGCAUCACCAUCCACCGCACCGUCCCAUCACGGGCCACUGUUAUCUAAAUAGCACGGUGGUACAGGAGGUCUGUGCCGUCCAUGAAAAUGGCGUGACAAGAGUCACCGGCAACAUAAUAUUACCUUUUGAAAAAAUGUUGCGUCGGUCCAAAGAGACUAAAAAGGAAACAGACAUCAAUAUUGGGCGAGAUAUAUUAAUAGACUUUGCCGAAGCAACAUGGAAAAGCCAGGGGUUUAUGUAG